GGUGACAAAGGAGGGUGGGAGUCGGUGGACGGACUUUAUGGGCUGGCAGGCGUCCAAAUAACAGGACAAAGCUAAGUGGUGUGAGCAUCCCCAGCAUGCAUGCUUGGGGAAUCAAAACGCGCAGGAUUGGUGGCAACUGGUGUUCUUUAAUCGGAGUGAAGCUACCUGGAAUCAGCACCGUGCAAGCUAAUGUCAUUUGGUACGGACUCGGGAUGUAUCCCGAGCUUGAGAGAAGGUGCAUCACGUGAUCGUGCAGAGAGCAUGCCGCAUGUUAUUUCUGUAGGCCAGCAGCGAGUUUUAGGGCAGGAGAACAGACCAGAAGCGAUUAUUGUAGAGAGGGAAGAAGACAACAGAUUAGCUUCAAGCAGCGGAAACGAAGUCGAUACUGCCAUGAACACAGAGAGAUUAGCUUCAAGAAGCAGAGGAUCAUCGUUCUCUUAUUCUCACAACGAGUGACCAAAUUUUACUAGGCGGGAUGUGGGUUAACUGGGAUAUCAGCCGUCCGAUCAAGAAAGGACAGUCGAGAUUGAUGAGUUGAGCAACGGACGGUGGAUAGGUUGCUCCCGCGUUGGGGCCGGUCGAGAUUAAGGUUCUUAGUGGUGCUACAAAAGCUUAGCGCUGCUCCUCGCCGCUGGAUUCGUGCGAUCGAGCUUGAGAGGGGCGAGCACGGAGAGAUGGGGCACUCGAACGUGUGGAACUCGCAUCCCAAGAAUUACGGCCGUGGGUCUCGGUGUUGCGGAGUUUGUGGGAAUCCUCAUGGACCGAUUAGGAAGCAUGGACUUAUGUGUUGCAGACAGUGCUUCUGCAGUAAUGCCAAAGAAAUUGGAUUCAUUAAGAUUGUGCAGUACCACUGAAGGUGUUUGUUUUCAUUGAGAUUGAGCCUCUGGAAUGGUGCUCUUCUAUGCAUCAGAAGUAGCACUUAUCUUUACCAAACUCUAGAUAUGUGAUCUGCUGGAUUUUGUUCAUCUAUUGAACUUCAAUUUAGUUAAACAAUGUACUAAGCCGAAUUUCAUGCAAUUAUUUUGGUUGUCAAUGUGCUAUUUUGCCACUUUUUUUUUUUGUUUCUUGUCAUACGUGAAGUGCAGAAAUUGGUUCAUAUGUUUCAAUUGUUGUGAUUGUAGCAUUGACUAGUCCAUCGCAGAUCGUGCAAAUUCAUAAUUGUGUACAGAAGACCUUGAGCAUGCUUAUUUUCUAUUAAAAUUGUUUUUCAUCCACAUUCAUGCCAUCAACAGUAGCAGCAUGUCUAAGAGCAGGUUCCAAGGUGUACUGUAUUUUCGUGUCGGUCACCAGUGGCUGUUCAUGUGAACAAAAUGUUAGCUACUGGAUUUUUUGGAUGCAGUCAUUUUGGUCUGAUAACACAUUCAUCAUUGACUUUGUUGCAUGAUGGUGAUUCAAAAUAUCAUGAAGGUAUUUGAACUAUGGUUUCAUGUGCCAUAUCUCUUGAUUGGAAGAGAUCUAGACAAUGAUCGAGUAAGACUUGAAGGUUUUGAGAAUCUUUAAUUUGGAAAGAUUUAGACUGUUACAUGAUAAUUUUCUGUUCAUCAAUCCAUAGUGUUCAAAACACUAAAAUGUAUGGCUUGAUGUGGUUUAAGAUGAAUGAAGUCCAGAAAGUAUGUUUGCACUCUCAGUCUGAUGGUUUUGCCUUGUCCUUGGUCUUUAUCUAGAACUGAAAGAAGUAGAACAUAAUAAAUGUAAAUUCUCACUAUAUGUAUACACAUAAUGCUUGUUGGACUCAAUGCUCAUUUUUUUGCUUUGGAUUUGGU